AUGGCCACAUCCUCCAAGGGUUUGUUCCUAAAUCAAAGAAGAUAUUUACUUGAUCUAUUAGAUGAAGCUCACAUGUUGGACUGCAAGCUAGGACAUACCCCUCUUGUGAGUAAACUUCAAUUAGAUGCUCAAAGUGAACCACUGUCAAACCCUAGUGUCUAUCAAUGUAUUGUAGGAAAGCUGAUCUACCUCACAAUUACACGACCUGACAUUGCUUAUUCAGUAAGCCUUGUCAGCCAAUUUAUGCACUCUCCCACAUUGAUUCACUGGGAGAUUGUCAAAAGGAUUCUUAGAUACUUGAAGGGGUCAAUUGGCAGAGACUUGCUCAUGAAGAAACAUGGCUCAAAUCACAUUAUGGCAUUCACAGAUGCUGACUGGGCAGGUAAUGCCCUCGAUCAUAAGUCUAUAACUAGUUUCUGUACAUUUGUUGGUGGUAAUCUUGUGACAUAG